AUGGAGGGCUGUGCGCUGGUCAAGGUCAACGGCAUUGAGAUCUGUACCAGCCUCGGUAAGAAGAAGCUGGAAUAUAACGUUGGGUCCCAGCUCUGCGGCGAUGUGAAGACGGCCGCGCAAAUCAGUGGUGUUCAGCUGAUAACAAGAAGCACUCAACAGACUCAUAUGGACAGUGUAUCAUCAGGCCACACCAAACCCAUCGGGCCAAUCUGCAGGGCGGGAAAGUAA